AUGCCGAUACUGCCGCCGCCAAUGCCCGCGCGACUGCUGCCGCUCAAGUGGACGGUCGACAACGCGGCAGAGUUUACGCACGCACUGCUCCCGCCGUCCGUCCGCGUCGCUGGGCGGCAGCAAGGCGAGCGCUCCGGCAGCAUGGACAGCGGCGAUCUGCUUGCAGCGUCCACAGUGUCCACGGCGUCGACCUCCAGCGCGGCCAGCGUCACCCUCCAGGAGGCCCAUGCUGCGAGCGUCGCUGCGGUCGGACUGAGCGAGGCGCUCGUUCUCACGCGCCAGCAGCUGAUGGCGUCGUCCUCGUCCUCGUCCUCGUCGUCGAUGCACCAUGAUAACCAUGCGAGUCUCAAGACGUCGUCGUUGGCUGCGUCAGGGGGCGCUCCGGGAUGUCUGUUCCCGGGUCCGCCGGCGUCGUUCGCCCGCGAGAUUGCAGAGCUGCUCAGAUGGAACAAUAGCCACCAAGCGAUGGCUUCUGGCGACCUGCGAUCAAGCUUCCAAGUUCAUAGCAAUCGAAGCUCUGGUGGUAGUGGUGGUACUGCUGCUGGUGGUGGUGCUGGGACGACGGCGUUGAAUCCGAGUAGCCGCGUCGGGAGCGUUGACGAGUUGCUUGGCGCGUCGGCGGAGGCAAACAACGAGCUCAUGCAGCAGGCAGCGCGAUCAAGUUGGGUUUCUCGAGUGUUUGGCAGUUGCUGCGGCUGCUGUCGAGGCCGCACCCACCCUGGCGGACUCGAGGACGACGCCGGCGACCGAUCAGACUCGGUGAGCAGCGGAGGUGGAAAGCGCAACUCCUCCUCCCGCUUUCGCCGUCCGCUGGGAUCUGUUUCGACCGGUGCGCAGCUGAAUCUGGAUCGUCUGUCGCACGAGGACAUCCACCGGCGGGUUCAAGAGUAUGUUGCCCUCUUGCUCGGCCUCGUGUUUGAUCUGCGAGUCGUGCCAGACGCGCACGCCUUCCGUGCCUUGAUUCAAGGGGCUGGAUCAUCUUCGCCACAGCUCUUUGGGGCUUCUGCAUCCUCCUCGCGUGCGUCACUAGCCAAGGCUGCCCUCACCGUCAGCGCACAGAGCAAUGUGAGUGCAAACAUUCAGCCCUCCCCGCUAGCCACAAAGACGCUGGAAUUCACCUGGUCGAGCACGCUGCUUCCGGGGCAGUACUUUUCCAUCAGCGAUGCGACGCUGGAGCUGGCAUCCGUUCUUGUGAACGAAGGCUUGUUGCUGGUCGAACUCGCGCACAACUUGGAAACACGGCGUCGCGAGCAACUGCAAGUGUCGCCACCCUCGACGCCACAGAUGCGCCAACGAGUCCAGCUUGUCAAUUCCAGUCCUCCUAGCGCUCCAAGUAGUGGUGGGAAUACAGUACAGGCCGCCAAUCCCGCGCAGUCCAGCAGCCCAAAGUCCAGUCACGCUGGUCGAUCCCUGCACGUCCCUGCAGCUGGAGCCUCGCCAGCGCAGUCCGCGCUCGUCCAAGCAGCAUCUGCCUUCGAUUUUGUCCGAACGCAGCUCGUGCCACGACUACAAGCGACGCGAGGUGGAAACUUGUUUUCGCAAUUUCCAGAGCUAUCGUCGGAAGUCUUGUUUGCUCUUCGAUUCCAAUGCAUUGCAGAACAAGCGGAACUCGCCAUCGGCGAGCUAUUGGAGGGCGCUCUUGGCACGGGAGCUGCCGGAGACGGUGCGCUCUCCAGUGUUCGCGUCGACCUUGCGCUUCCGUUGGCAAUUGUCGCGUCUGGACAGUACCAAGCAGCGCACGACGGCUUGGCCAAGUUUGUCGCCGCUGAUGAGCGAGCUGCUCCGCAGCUUGUGCGCUGGCUCGCGCAUCUGCGUGCUCGUAUGGCCUUCACCAUUGCGCUCGCGUAUCUGCUGCAAAGCCUCAAGCACGCAUCGGCCGAGCGGGUUGGUCUUGCCAUCAAAUGCGCGGAUCAUGCGCUGCUUCUCUUGGACGCAUUGGCUCCCGCCGACAGCAGUGCCACACAGAGCCAAGCGGAUGGCAACAGCUCCAAAUCCAAAGGCCUGAACAACCGACGCGCAGCCCCAAGUCUUAUUCGCCAACUGGACUUUGGCUCUACGCAAUCGCAGCCGUCAUCCCAGCAACGCUCAGUGCAACAGCAACAACAGCAACAGCAGCAGUACCAGGCUCAAGGCUUGGCCGCUUGGCAGCAUCUCAUUACGCUGAUGCGCACCGAGCUCGAGACGAACUUGGUCAAGUGGAGGCGUGACAACGAGUUUAUCUUUUUCCAGCCAGUCCCACCAGAGACCCCCGAGCUUGAACCACCGCCCAUGAGCGCGCUUCCUGCAUAUAUUGUGGUCAACGUUCCCGUUUACAACCUGCCCGACCCUGACGAGCGAUGGUUUGCUCCGCAUGUGUAUUCCAUUUUCGUCGAUGGCAGUCGGGUUUACUUUUCCCCCGAGGCGAGGCGCGCGGGUUCAGCAGCCUCGGUCACGUCGUCUGGCAGCUUUUUGGAACGCUUUCUGCGACGCUCGUCGAGCCAUGGCACUCGCGCCAAGGCAAACCCGCAGUCGACGCGGUUGGCUCCCCGGUGAACAGCGUGGUUGUUCUUGUUGUGUUUGUUUGUUUGUUUGUUCGUUUUGUGCCUCACGCUCGUUUUCGCAAAUGCAAAUCGUCACUCAAUCCUA